GAUGUGUUUAUUGCCUAACACACGAAGCAGGUUCGAGGAAUUUGCGUCUCUAAGGGAAAAUGCCAGAGCACUUAGCGAUCAGGAGAAGUUGGUUUGUGCGAAAGCUCAACCCCCUUCAUCUGUAGAAACACAUAAGCAACCAUGGAAUCCUCCAUGGUUACGUGCGUUGGAGGAGUUCUCUACACUUGAGAAGACAGUCAAGGAUAAGAUUAAAGACCUAGUUGAACGCCAACAAACCUUUUUUAAUCCAAAUUUCCUCCUAGAGGAGGAAGAAGCUCAACUUCAAAAGGCAAUCGACUCAUUAACUUUGGAAAUUAGGAAGCUAAUAAAGGAGCUUGAAAGAAUGGCUCUUUCAGAUGUGAACCCACGAUACGCUUACAAGUCUGAUGAACUUAUGAUUCACGGCAAUGUCAAAAGGUAUUUAUGCUCUCGAUUAAAGGAAGUAGGUCAAGUAUUUAAAAAUGCUCAGGAUCUAUAUGUCAAUCUACUUAAGCAGCGGUGGCGUAAGAAACAAAGGUAUAUGAAGUUCGGAUCUGACGAAACACAUGAAAUAGUGAGCCAAGAAGAAAGAAGCAUUCCUCUUUUCGAAAUGGGGUACUCCGAAGAAGAUAUUCAAGAGCUCAUAACGGAAUAUAAAAAGAAUGAAAAGAUUGAUGAAGAAGUAAAGCAGAUUAUUGACACACUCAAGGAAAUACAUGAAUUGUUCAACAGCCUUAAUGAACUUGUGACAGAACAAGGCGAAAAUUUAGAUCGCAUUGAUUGUAGUAUCAAGUGGGCUUCUGACUACACCUUGAAAGGAAAAGAAUCCCUUAAAAAGGCUCAAGAGUGUCAGAGAAGCCACUGUGCUUUAAUGUAAGAAAAGGAAAACAAUCUGUAGGUCGACAAAGGAAUGUGUAAAAUAUGACAACAUAUGGUUUAUUAUUGUACAUCGUAAAUUAUCUCAAAGUCACAGUUUUUUACUAU